AUGGCACAGUGUGAAAUUAUGGAGAUGCAUUGUCUUGAAGAUAACUUGGUAAUCUCUCAUCCAAAUGAUUUUAUCAAGGAGGAUCCUGAACUAAAUUUGGAGGUGGCAGCCUCAAUAAGAAAAGCAUCUGAUAGUUUAAGUUUCAUUCAAAGUGCUGGUGACAGCUGUGACAUUUCAUAUCAAGAAACAUUACAUCAAGGAGUAGUCAAUGACAAGCUGGAGAUAUAUGCAGAGAAGUCAACAGAUUUCAGUGUGUCUCACAACUAUACCAAAAUACAGACUUCACAAGAAGAUGGCUUAUGUGGCACAAGAUUAAGUUGUAGCAUCAAGGAAAAGGAAUUCCACAAGUUUAACUGUAGUUUCUGCCUACAGAGCUUCCCUUCAAAAUACAGACUCAUAAUGCAUAUUUUCAUCCACAUUGAUGGUGUGCAGGCACCUGCAUUUGUGUGUAAGUCAUGUGGUGAGGUAUUGCCCACUGAUGACUGCUUAAAAGAACAUUUGAGAAUGAAGGAGGGUGACCAAGCAUUAUCUGCUACCAACAGUGAGAAACUUGAAUGCAGUGAUCAUGAAAACAAUAUCUCCUUCGAAUGUGUACAAGAAGGAAUUGUGGAACAGACUGAGGAGCCCCCUUCGUGCAAGGUACCCAGGAAAACUUUUAAAAAAUCCUUUAAAGACAUAUGUAAUACACAUACUGUGAAAGAAGCUGAAGAGAAACUCGGAAGAUAUUAA